GGGUUGGGUUGUAUAUGCAUUCGCUGUAACUUGAGGCAGAUUAGAAAAUGCAGCGGCAGUGUCUCCCUCGGAUAUUGGCACUUUUUGUGCGGUUAGUUUUGAUGGUUUGUGUUUGUGAGUGUGAACCAGUGAAAGAGGAAGUAAGUGCCGGGAGAAGUUUGGUGUGGGGGCCGGGUCUGAGGGCUGAUGUUGUGCUGCCGGUUCGAUAUUUCUAUAUCCAGGCAGUUAGCAACACGGGAGAAAAUAUCACCUCAUCCCCUGGCAGUAAUACUUUCAGUGUGAUGGUCAAAGUGCUAAACUCCAGAGAACACGUUCGCCGAUAUGUACCAACACCUUUGGAUCGAAACGAUGGAACAUUUCUAAUGAGGUAUCGAAUGUAUGGAAGUGCCAUUGAGGGGAUAAAGAUUGAAGUAUUUCAUCGAGGUCAACAUGUAGGCCAGUCCCCAUAUAUUUUAAAAGGACCAGUUUAUCAUGAGUACUGUUACUGCCCAGAAGAGGAGCCUGAAAAAUGGAAAGCUACUCUAUCAUGUCCUGCAAAAGAAGAACAAAUUUCUAGUGACUUCGUUAAUUUUCCCAGUAUAGAUCUUUCACUCCUGCUAGAACAAGUGCCAAAUAGAUUUGGUGAUCGAGGAAUUGUUCACUACACUAUAUUAAAUAACCAGAUUUAUCGACGAACCAUGGGGCGGUACACAGACUUCAAAAUGUUUUCAGAUGAAAUGCUUCUUUCUUUAGCAAGAAAAGUUCACUUACCCAAUGUUGAAUUCUAUAUAAAUGUUGGAGAUUGGCCAUUGGAAACUCGUAAAAUAAAAGAUAACCCCUUGCCUAUCAUUUCUUGGUGUGGCUCUGAAGAUACUGCAGAUAUUGUCCUUCCAACAUAUGAUAUCACACGCUCUACAUUAGAAACACUGCGUGGUGUAACAAAUGACCUACUUUCCAUUCAAGGACAGACUGGUCCCUCCUGGAGCAAUAAAACACAGCAAGCUUUUUGGAGAGGCAGAGACAGCAGCGAGGAGAGACUGAAACUAGUAAGGAUUUCCAGAAAGAAUCGUGAUCUUUUGGAUGCUGGAAUAACUGCCUAUUUCUUUUUUCGUGAAGAAGAGAAAGCUCUUGGAAAAGCACAACUGAUCAGUUUCUUUGACUUCUUUAAGUAUAAAUAUCAAGUGAAUGUGGAUGGUACUGUGGCAGCAUAUAGGUUCCCAUACCUCAUGUUGGGUGACAGCCUUGUACUGAAGCAGGACUCUAAGUACUAUGAGCACUUCUACAAAUCUCUAAAGCCAUGGAUACAUUACAUUCCAGUGAAGAGAGAUCUGAGUGACCUUAUAGAAAAGAUUAAAUGGGUGAAGGAUAAUGAUGCUGAAGCUCAGCAAAUUGCCAGAUUAGGACAAGUUCUUGCUCGAGAACUCCUCCAGCCUUCAAGUCUUUACUGUUACUAUUACAAAGUCUUACAGGAGUAUGCUCAACGGCAGACUACUAAGCCUGAAAUUCGCGAGGGAAUGGAGCAUGUUCUACAGCCUUCUGACCAUGAAUCUAUCUGUAACUGUAAGGGAGCUACCAAUGUAAAAGAGGAACUUUAACUGUAAUCAAUAUCAUUGCUUGUUUUUAUUUUGUAUGCUUUAUUUGAAAAAUCAUUCUUUCUUGGACCAUUCCUAGAAAGGGCCUGGGGUAAUGUAUAUUUUAAACAUGAACUAAAAUGUCACUUAGUAGUCAUUUUUCACCACACACUUUUCACCCCACGUUUCUUUUGUGUAUAAUGUUAAUUCUGCCCUUGCGGCUUCAAAUUGAUGAUACGAAAUGUGAAAUUAAAGGUGAACAUAGCAGAAAUAAUGUGCUGAAGUUUGUAAUUUAAAAUUAGUUGGUAGUUAUUUGAAAAAAGUUUAAGCUAUAUUUUGUAACUUCUGGUUUUAUUUGUCAGUAAGCACGAUGUAUUUUGUCUGUUGGGGCACAUCUGACUAGAUCUUAGAAUCAGAAUUUGUUUUUCUAGUAAUAGGGCAGUUUUCAGAACUAAUUUACUUCAGUACAUGUUUUCUGCAUAUCAUAUAAAUACGAGAAUUGUUUUAUAAACUACAAUUCUAAUGUACUUGCCCCAGAUAAAUGUUUAUAUUAAAUAUGUGCUGAAACUUGCAAGAAAUAUUGUACUUUGUAA